GACCAUUUGUAAUUUUUCCAAUAAUCUGUAUUUUCAUCCGUAAUUGAUGUAACAAAAAGGAGAUAAAAAUGACUCAGGGUUCAUUGCAAUGCUAUGACAUUGACUACAGCGUUGGAAUGAUGGAAAAAAUCCAAGAGUUGAUCGCUCCACCACUGAGUGAGGAGGGUGCUAGAGAGCAGAGGAAACGAAAAGCAGCCGAGCGUGAAAUGUGGCGACGAAGAUGCAACCACGAGACAUGCGAUGCUUGUGGAGAAGGGGGUGACCUGUUAUGCUGCGAUUUUUGUCCGGCUGCCUUUCACUUACAGUGCUGCAACCCACCGUUGGAUGAAGAUAAAGUACCUCAUGGGGAGUGGGCAUGUCAUCGGUGUGUGGUCACCAAUAAUUUUAAGGUGUUUGAUGAAUGUCAUCGGCAUACUCUCACGAAAACAGCAUUAACCAUCAUCAACCAAAAUAAAGAUGUUGUCAAACAAGAUUCUAAAACCGAACAUCCAAGUCUAGUUGUAAACAAAUACAUAAAAAUGCCCCAAGUGACAAUCAAGAAAUCUGAAAAUAAUUUAAAAUCAAGCCCACAAACAUUGCAAUCAGAGUUACCAAAAGAUGAAAUAUCAAAUUCAAUGUUGGUCGAAAAUGUUGUAAAGGAAGAUGAAACAGAGGAACAGUUUAAUGAAGUUUGUAACAAUAUGCAAGACAAAAACUGGAGAAAAAGUGUUAUUAAAGCCACUACAAGAAGACAAAAAGCUAAACUGGAUUCUUGUUUUUCAAUGGAUGAAAUAAGUGAAGCUGCUUCCCAACAAUCAGAAGAAACUGGAAACAAACUUGAAAUUAAAGAAGAUAAUCCAUUCACUCUACUCAUAGCAGCAGCAUGCCUGGAAAACACAAAUCUGUUCAAACUGCCAACCAAUUUCUUACUACAUACCUCUACUAAUGGUAACAAGAAAGGUUAUUCGAAAUUAAACAAAGUGUUUAAACCGCUGGUUCAUGAAGUUGAUACAAAUGGAUUAGUUGCUCAACCAACAAAGUUGUGCUUUGUUUGCUCAAGGUCAUGUAGAAUGGCACCAUUAAUACAAUGUGAUUACUGUUCACUAACUUUCCAUAUUGAUUGUUUGGAUCCUCCACUUACCAACCUCCCAACAUCACGAUGGAUGUGUCCCAACCAUCCCACAAAAAAUCAGUUGCAGCUGCUGAAUGAACCACUUUCAAAACGAAGCCGAAUAUUUAAUUACUUCCCCUCAGUAUGCAAUGAACAUCAAAUUAAAACUUGCUUCUUAAGGAAAGUGCACACAGCUCGCAAAUCAACCAUAAUGACAACAUCAAGAAGAAGGAAAACCAAAGUCCCUCAGCCUGUGAAAGAUGCGUACAACCAUCCUAUGUAUGAAGAAGUACCUGUUGUUAAAAAAAUUCAACCAGUCACCUCCGCACAUUCACUCACAAACGAAGAACAAGAUUUAUGGUUGAAGUCGAUUAUCCAGCUACAUGUUGAUGCUGCUCAGCUAUUGGAAAAAGGAAAAGUCAAAGAGAGCUUAAAGUUGAAACAGCAGAAUGAAAAUAAGAAUAACAAAAAUGAAUAUUUUACCCCAAAAACUUUAGUAGAGCUUUCAGCUCAUGCGUGUUCCCUCAUGGCUAAACAAACCUUAAAGCAAGGACAUGCUGACCAUCCAACAUUGGAUGAUUCCACUCACACAACAGAUGGUCUACUUGUUUCUCACACCAGUGAAAAUUUAAUUGAAACCAAAAAUAGAAAGCUUCAACCAGACUUACAAACUCUCUUUAAUUGCACUGAAGUUCCAAGUAACAAACUGCCCAUUACCACAAUAUCUCAAUACAACAAUCCAGACACCACAACCACUGCCAUAAAGGAAGAGGCCACACAACUUAUUGAUGUAACAAAACAAAGUCUCUUUCUAACUUCCUCUGUAGAAACAAACCAAGAAACACCAGUGCACAAAUUGCCAAAUGGAUUUCCAAAACAUGAAGAAUUCCCAGAAAGUUUAAAAAAUAUUUCGUCGAAAAGCAGUUUGCAGCCAUCUGUAGCAGGUGUAACAGAACAAACCAGUGAUGUUCAAGCAACAACUGAAACACCAUUUUCUCUUGAUCUGCUUGACAAAAAGAUGAUUGAAGUGUUGGCCUUACAAAGACUGCAGCAACUGUUCCCACAUAAAGAAACUGAGGCAAAAUUGAACAAGUUUGAACCACAAACAACAAUUCCUUCGUACAAGAAGAAGCAUAUCAACCAUCUGCCUGCAAGGGCAGUUCUGUGUCAUUCAACAUCAUCUAAACGUGCAAGGAUGUGUCACAGAGGAUUUUCCAUUGGGACGAUGGCUGAUAAUGAUUUAGUGUUGUGCGAGUUCCAGGUUUGCGAGAAUGUUCUUAGCACUCAUGCAAAGAUUACAUAUGACAAGAAUACCCAGCAGUUUGAGCUACUCAGUUAUGGAGAGUCGAUAGUAGACGGGGUCAAAUAUGGUUCCAAUACAGUUAAGUGUUCGAAACGACAUCAUCGGAAUCAUCGACCGCAGAAGUCAAAGUCGCUUACAAGAGCAAUUAAACGAGCUCUGGAAAGAAACAAAGAUGUGGCAAAUAACAAAGAUCCAGGAAAAAGCAGAAAAGUACAAAUGGAAGAAUCAAACGUUGGUUUUCCGAUAUCUUUAUGUGAAUGUGGUGGAAAAGCAAACGAGGAAAUUACUGGUUGGGAAGGUCCUGCACUUCUACAUCACGGAUCUUCCAUUAAAUUCGGAUGCAUUGAGUUUGUAUUCAGUCGACCAGGAUUUGCUUCCAAUUCAUGUUUAAAUCAAAGUGAAACAUUGCAAUGUAGGAGCUCAUAUGAAAGAUUGCACUCGAGUGUUAAGACUUUUGUUGGUGAUUCAGUUACAGAGAAUACAAACUCCGCUGUCAGCCAUGGCUUUUUGGAAGAAGGAACCACAGAGACCAACAAAUGCAAGAGGAGAUAUUCAGACGGUUUAAAUUCUUCAACUGAAGCAACGAACGUUUCAUGUUUCAACCACACAAAGUUUAAAGAUGAUGUGAGAGACCACAUGGCUGAUUCAUCAGAAUUAAACUACAGAUGUACAAAAAAUGAAGUUCCAGUAUGCUUACACAACGGUGAACCUGAGAUAAUGAAGUCAACCAGGUUUUCGAGGCGUCAAAAAGAGAGAAAAGAUAAUCGGUUGCAGUCGUACGUUUACAACAUAGAUGAUCAUCUUGAUGCUGAUUCGGUUGACCUAAAAUCAACUCGACCGUCUGCAAGCCAGAGAUGUUCACCCAACAUGACAACCAAAAACAAAAUUAACUCUCCAUUUCAGAGAAGUUAUAGAGACUACAUUACGUCACAGAAUGGGAAAUCUGUUAAAUCAAGUCAGAACCGGUUCCCCAAGGUAAAAAGCUCAAGUUCCCGCCAUCUUGCCUCAUACAGGCGGAAAUCCUCCUCUUCCUGUUCUGGUGUAAAGCCAGUUAAAAUUCCUAGGCAAGUGUCCAACCAAACAGAUGUGGGCUCCCCUCAUAACCAUCUUAAUUUCAGCAUAGCACCGCUUUCUAAAGCCCAAAGCAUAUCUCUUAUGGAUUCAGAAUCACAUUCGGACAUUACUCCAAAAUCUACCCGUACUUCCAUUGACCUCACAUGCAAUGAAACGAUUGCUGAAGUUCUAGAGCCUCUUGAUAAUAUUAACGCUGUCCUACCCUACCAAGAGCAUACCAACAAUCUCACUAGCGAAAAUAUAAAUGACAAAGAGAUAGAAAUGGAAUUCAACGGGCCGUGUGAAUUCGAAACACAGACACAUGCCACAAUUAAUUCCACCCAAAACUACGUCGUCCGGUCCGAAAAUGUUUCAAAGAUGGAAAACGAAGUAGCAAACGUUCUUGAUGGCGUAUUAGACAGCGUGGCAACUCUACAGGAGAAAUGGAAGAUUGGAGAGGCUAAUGGUGAAUUACUAAAUGACGCGGAUACUACUCUACCUUCUGUUAAGUUGACUUACAUUGCGAUGCAGUCCUUUUUACAAUCACAGUCAGUUAUAUCAAGUCUGUCUGAUGAAUCUCUAGUUGUUCAAGCCAUUUUUAAUGGCGAUGCUGAGGAACUGAAGUCCCUUAUAUACAACAAAGAGGAUUUGAAUUCGUUGGAUGGUGAAAGACGCACUCCACUUCAUGCAGCUGCAUAUUUGGGUGAUGUAGAGAUUAUAAACCUGCUUAUUCUCAGUGGAGCCCGCAUAAAUGCUAAGGAUUCCAGGUGGCUUACACCACUGCAUAGGGCCUGUGCAUCUCGAUCUGUAGAAGCGGUCAGCGCUCUAUUGAAGCACCAAGCGGAUGUAAAUGCAAGGGAUAAGUUAUGGCAGUCACCAUUACAUGUCGCUGCUGCAAAUGAUUCUGUUGCAUGUGCGGAACUACUUAUUCCACAACUGAGUAACCUCAACUUUUCAGAUCGAGCUGGUCGCCAGGCGUUGCACCAUGCAGCAUUCAACGGUAACAUUAAUAUAGUAAAUAUAUUAAUCAAACAUGGAGCUAAUGUUCAAGCUUAUGACCGGCAAGAAAGAAGAGCGAUUCACUGGGCCGCUUAUAUGGGUCACUCAGAAAUCAUAAAGGUUUUAGUUGCACAUGGCGCUGAAAUAAACUGUCGGGACAAAAAGUUUGGCGACACCCCCAUGCAUGCAGCAGCUGCAGCUGGCCAGAUAUCUGCUGUAAAAAUGCUCUUGGACCUUGAUUUUGAUAUUAAUGCUCAGAAUAAUCAAAAGUGUACUCCACUGCAUCUGGCUUGUUUCAAUGGUCAGGAUGUGGUUGUUCAUGAAUUACUCGAAGCUGGGGCUGAUCACAGUAUCAUAAAUAACAAAGGGUGCACACCAUUACACCAUGCUGCAGCAUCCACACAUGGUGCACUGUGUUUAGAACUUCUGGUAAAUCAUGGGGCAAAUGUAAACGUUCUUAGUAAUGAUGGCCAAACUCCAUUACAUAUGACUGCUGUCCACGGUAGGUUUACACGAUCACAAACCUUGUUGCACAGUGGAUCACGAGUUGAUUAUGUGGACAAAAAGGGUUUUACAGCUCUUCAUGUUGCUGCAAGACAUGGACAUGAACUGUUGGUUACUACUUUAUUAGAAGCAGGUUCGGAGCCAGGAAAGCAUGGAACAAGUGGUAAAACUGCUCUGCACUUAGCUUCUUUGUAUGGUCAUGUAAAUUGCUGCAAGAAGUUGCUUGCUGCAUAUGCAUCGGACGCAAGUGAUUUUUCAUUUGAAGAAGUAAUUGGUUUUUGUGACAGAAAUGGAAGAUCUGCUCUUCACUACGCAGCAUGUGGAGGCUCAUUGGAAUGUGUUGAUGUCUUUCUUUCUUACAUAAAUGUGAUACCCUUGCUUCUUAAGGUUGACAACUGUGGAAGAACUCCUUUGCAUUAUGCUCUCAGCUCCGCAAGAAAGGAUUGUGCCCGCCGACUUAUCACCACUCUACUCCAAAGAGCAGAAAUACCCAAGGAUUUUAAUGAUGCAGACCAUGAUAAAAGAACACUUCUACAUCAUGCUGCAGCAUCUGAUGCAAACGCUGGGUGUGUGGAACUUCUUUUGGAACAGAAGGUCAAUGUGUUUGCAAUGGACAAAGUUGGAUACACACCAUUGCAUUACGCAGCAGCAUGUGGCCAUGAUACUGUUGUAAGGUUAUUGGUAGAUGCGAACAGUGAUAUCCUACCUCGCACCCAUGAAGCUGGUGCUAGUGUUCCUUCACCAUUACACUUGGCUACAUACAAUGGCCAUGUUAAUGUGACAGAGUUUUUGUCUGAGUAUUUGCUGGAUUUGGACAACAAGGAUUCUCAGGAUAGAACAGCGAUGGAUCUUGCAGCAUUUCAAGGAAACAUAGAAUGCAUGCAAGCACUGCUGGUACAGGGAGCAAAAAUAGCACAAACUAAUUCUAGGAACAAUUUCUCUCCGUUACAUGCUGCUGCUUGCAAUGGCCAUACAAAUUGCAUGCAGCUGUUGAUAGAUAGUGCUAUGAGGGACAGAGAUAUUCAGGAGAGCAACUCACUGAGCCGAUUUAUAAAUGCUCGAGAUGCGAAUAAGUGUACACCAUUGAUGUAUGCAGUUACAAACGGUCACCUUACAUCUGUUGACUUCCUUUUGUCUCGAAAUGCCCAAGUUUGGCCCGUGGAUAAAUUUGGUUGCACAGCAUUGCAUAGAGGUUCCAUUAUUGGCCAUGAAGACAUAGUCAAAAGUAUUCUGCAUUACUCCAAACAGCAACUUGCUCGUUCUAGAUUUAACACUGGUUCAGCACACAAGUCGAAUGUUGACGUUAUGGCUUCGGUUAUUUCAAGGACACACAACGGUCGUACACCUCUACACUUCGCUGCUAUGCGUGGGAAUGCAGCUAUGUUAGAGACUCUUUUACAGGAUGCACCCUCUGUUAAUGCCAUCGACAGGUACGGUUACACUCCAUUACAUUACUCUUGUUAUCAAGGACACGAACCUUGUGUGGAUGCUUUGCUACUUCACGACUCAUUCACCGAAUUCGAAGGUUCGUCAUUCAGUCCUCUUCACUGUGCUGUUUACAGAGAUAACGAGGCGUGUGCUGAUCGUUUGAUAGAAACACUUGGUGACGACAUUGUUCUACUUAAGGAUGAUAAAGGUUUAACUCCUCUGCACGCAAGUGUGUUAGGAGAUUAUACAGAUUGUUCUUUGUUUUUACUUUCCCACGGUUGUGACGUUGAUGCAACAAAUAUGCAAGGACAGUCACCAUUGAUGUCAGCUGCAUUUCUUGGUCAUGAAAGCUCCGUGGAAGUCUUGUUAAAGGCGAAAUCGGACUGUGGCUUGGUGGACGUAGAUAACAACAAUUGCCUUCACCUUGCUUGCCUUCAAGAAAACGAGUCGUGUGCCGUGCUUCUCCUUGAAAACAUCGAAGAUAUAAACAUCAUUAACGCACAGAACAACUGUGGACAAACCCCACUGCACAUAGCUGCUCGAAAGGGUCACUUAUCCGCUGUUAUCAAGUUACUGGAGAAAGGCGGGGCCGUGGAAGUAACUGAUAACGAUGGCUUUACCCCAGCACUUGCGUGUGCACCAAACCCCAACGUUGCUGAUUGUUUAGAUAUGAUUAUCUCAGUCAUGCUCAAAAUUCGAGAGCAUUCGCGUGAGUCUGGUUCCUUCGACCUGGGCUCUAUAAAGGAAAGUUUGGAACAGAGUCGUCAGAGUCAGGAAUUCCAGACUCGCAGAUCGCUGCAUUUACAACGUUUGUCUUCCGAGAAUAAUCAGAAACUGAUUAUUCGGGGAUCACGUGACGACGAUAGCGACUCUGAAACUUACUGAAAAUGAACUUAUUUGCAGGCUUAAGUUCCACGAUUUAUAAACGCUUAUGUACUCGCGUAACGGCAAAAUUUAUAAUUAAUCUUAAUUUCAAGCCUAUUUUCGCUAUAUAGUUCAGUACCUGUUGCGAGUCUUGUUGUAUUAUGUGCGUCGCACCAGUGUUUUUAUUUUCCCUAAUUAUAAUUUUCGUAUUGUGUUGCUGUUUGAACUAUUAUAAGCGGUGCUUAUCAAUGUAUGGCGUUAAGCGGUGAAAUCGUACUAUCACCAAACUUUCAUUUCAAAAUUUUAUGAUAAUAUGAACACAUACUUCUAUACAUGGCUGUUUUUGCUGCCUUGAAACUAUUACUAUAUAAGAAUUUAAAGUAAUUACAAAUUUAAAUAUCUUGCUUUAUUUGACUUAGAUUUAAUUCUUUGUCUGAUUAUACAUGAAUUGAUGUAUAACAUGCGUUAUUGUAUAAGCACAUUAUUUACCGGCGUGAGCUUUUUGUUUGGAACUUUUCCCAAUUUCUGGUAUUACCAGAUAUAUUCAUUGUGCGUGUUAAACAGUCGGCUACCUUAUAUUUGAAACCGACUUAUAUUUAAUUUACGAUAGCGUAUCGAAUGAUAAUAGUUCAAUAUUUUCAAUCUUUCAAUUAAAAGUGAUGCCGUU